CUUUCUACAGCUCCGGCUCAGGCCCAAAUCAUCCAUGCUGGGCAAGCAUGCGUGGUGAAGGAAGACAACAUCAGUGAACGUGUUUACACAAUUCGGGAGGGGGACACUCUGGUCCUGCAGUGUCUGGUCACAGGACACCCCCGGCCACAGGUGAGAUGGACCAAAACCGCUGGCAGCGCAUCGGACAAAUUCCAAGAGACGUCAGUGCUUAAUGAGACCCUUCGGAUUGAGAAGAUCCAGAGGCUGCAGGGGGGCCGCUAUUACUGCAAAGCAGAAAUGGGGUUGGGGUCCCUGCCAUCAAGUCCAUUCGAGUAGAUGUGCAGUAUCUAGAUGAACCUGUUCUCACCGUUCACCAGACCAUCAGUGAUGUACGUGGCAGCUUCUACCAGGAGAAGACUGUCUUCCUCCGCUGCACUGUCAACUCCAACCCACCAGCUCGCUUCAUUUGGAAACGGGGAGCUGAGAUACUUUCUCACAGUCAGGACAAUGGUGUGGACAUCUAUGAACCCCUUUACACACAGGGUGAAACUAAAGUCCUGAAGCUGAAGAACCUUCGACCUCAGGAUUAUGCCAGCUACACAUGCCAGGUGUCUGUCCGCAAUGUCUGCAGUAUCCCUGACAAAUCCAUCACCUUCCAGCUCACAAACAUCACAGCCCCACCAGCUCUGAAGCUGUCUGUCAAUGAGACUCUGGUGGUCAACCCUGGUGACAACAUCACUAUGCAGUGCUCUGUGACAGGUGGUGACCCACAGCCAGAAGUGGUUUGGUCCCACUCUCCUGGCCCAAUGCCUCCCAAUAGCCUUGUGCAAGGAGGCAACCUCACCAUCUGGAGGAUCCGCGUGGAGGACUCGGGCUACUACAACUGUACGGCCAUCAACAAUGUGGGGAACCCAGCAAAGAAGAUUGUGAACCUGCUGGUGCGGUCCAUGAAGAAUGCCACAUUUCAAAUCACUCCUGAUGUGAUCAAAGAGAGCGAGACCAUCCAGUUAGGCCAGGACUUGAAACUCUCUUGCCAUGUAGAUGCUGUCCCCCAGGAGAAGGUUGUCUAUUCGUGGUACAAGAAUGGAAAACCAGCCAGAUUCUCAGACCGGUUGCUCAUCACCCGCAAUGACCCUGAGCUCCCACCUGUGACCUGCAGCUUGGAGAUCAUUGACCUGAGAUUCAGUGACUAUGGCACAUACCUGUGUGUGGCUACCUUCCAGGGAGCACCCAUUCCUGACCUCAGUGUGGAGGUGAACAUCUCCUCAGAGACAGUGCCACCAACAAUCAGUGUCCCUAAGGGUCAGUCCACCGUCACUGUACGGGAAGGCUCCAGGGCUGAGCUGCAGUGCGAGGUUCGAGGAAAGCCAAAGCCACCCAUCAUCUGGUCCCGGGUAGAUAAGGAAACACCCAUGCCUUCAGGGACAAUGAUGAUGGAGACAUAUGAUGGGAAGCUGCACCUGGAGAGUGUGAGCCGAGAAAUGAGCGGGACCUAUAAGUGUCAGACAGCCAGGUACAAUGGAUUUAACAUCAGACCCCGAGAAGCCCUGGUGCAGCUGAACGUACAGUCAAAAGCUUAUAGCCCAGAGUUUUACUAUGACACUCCCAACCCCACCUUGAGUGAGAAGCAGUCCAAGAAUUAUUCUUACAUCUUGCAGUGGACCCAGAAGGAGCCUGAUGCUGUGGAUCCCAUCCUCAAGUACCGACUGGAAGUCCGUCAGCUGUCUCAGAGAAACACCAUCCAAACCUUCAUUCCUGUGAAGAAAAUUGAGAAAGGCCUGUUGCUGGAGCACAUCUUGCCCAACCUGAAGGUGCCUCAGAGCUAUGAAGUUCGCCUGACACCCAUCACCAGCUUUGGGGCUGGAGAUAUGGCUGCCCGCAUCAUCCGGUACAUGGAACCAAUCAAUUAUCCCAAUCCAACAGAUAACACCUGCCGCUUUGAGGAUGAGAAGAUCUGUGGCUUCAUUCAGGACAAGAUGGACAACUUUGACUGGACCCGGCAGAAUGCCCUGACCCAGAACCCCAAGCGCACCGUCAACACAGGGCCCCCCACAGACAUCAGCGGUACGCCGGAGGGUUAUUACAUGUUCAUUGAGGCAUCCCGACCCCGGGUGACAGGAGACAAAGCCCGGCUCAUCAGCCCCCUCUACAAUAUCACUGCCAAGUAUUACUGUGUCUCCUUCUACUACCACAUGUAUGGGAAACACAUUGGUUAGUUGCAUUUGGGCUGACGGCACAAGCUGCCUGCUCCCAGUCUAAUGCCUGGCUGCACAGUGGAUAAGUAUCAUAAAGGCCAGCAGCAUGGAGACAGCCCUUUGCUUUGUCAUGCUGAGCAGCACAUCUGACACCAGCUGAAAACAUCUGGAAUGGUUCUGAUAGGAGCAGAGCCAGCUGCCUUUUCAUAGUUCUCUGGGACUGAGAGAUAUAUAUCAGAUGUGAGUGUCUCUCCUCACUAAUUAUAUGUUAUCUGAAUAAAUAACU